AUGGCGUCCAAAAACAUCCAUCACGUCUAUCAAUCUGCUAACAACCUUCUAUUAAUUUAUGCUGUUCUUUCGGCAACAUUACAAUUAGCUUUCUUGAAAACUGCACCGUUAUUUCGACCUGAAGAUAUUUUAGAAGCAUCACAAUCGCACUGUCUUGUCUUGUUUCCAGAAGAGGCGCUAGCUGACGACCUCAGUAAAAAAUUAUUGCAUCUUUUGGCUGACGUGUCCUUCACGAACGAAUCGUCUGUCCUGCUUGGAAGUAUUAAGUUUCAUUAUUUUGUAUGGCCAAACGGAAAAGCUUUAGAAUUACCCAAUGAGAUAGAAAUCGAAAAUUCCAUUCUCAUAAUUAAACGUGCUCAACAAGAUAGAACUUGCUUACUGGUACCUAACUUAAAAACUGUAACACCCUCACCACUUUAUGUAACUUUUCGCUCAUCCAAUGGCUUAGUACCAGUUGAAACAGUUGUAACACAUAUUAAUGGCUACUGUCACACAUUUCGUACCAAAACAGGUGUUCUCAAUACUGCUGGCAUUCAUAGGGAACAUAUAUUGCAGAAUCUUUAUCAAACAUCUAAAACAGAACAACCUACAAGCUGCAUGAAACCGGAUAACAUAAAAAAUGAGCAAGAUUCAACGCAAUAUUAUUGUGAGCAGAAUACAGAUUUUAGAUCACAUCAAAAGUAUUUGAAAAAUAAAAGCAGAAAUACUUAUAAAGAAUGCGAAAGAAUUCCAGCACCUUCAUCAUUCCAAUUUUUUCAUGAGUAUGUCUCUCUCUCAAAGCCUGUGAUUAUCACUAAUGCUACAUAUCAUUGGAAGGCUUUUAAAAAAUGGACCAAUGACUUCUUGCGUCAAAAGUAUGGGGAUCGUCAAGUACAUAUUAAGAUGACCCCAGAUGGUAUUUAUGAAGGAGUUGAGCCUAUAACACUCUGGGAGGAUUAUAAAAGCCUGACCAUUCCAAAGUCUGUACAAGAAAAACUGCUAUUUUCCGACCUAGUUGUUGUUCGCCCUGCUAGCAUGGAAAUAAAAUUCUCAGAGUUUUUGGAUCUGAUGGAGAACAUAUCUGAAGGAAGGGUUAAAGACAUGUCAGCGUAUUUGGAAUAUUCAUCCAUCUCUGAUUAUUUUCCAGAACUUGCCGAAGAUAUAACAGAGAUGGAUUUCUUUUUAAAUGUCCUAGAACUGAAGCACUUAAACAUUUGGCUUAGUGAUGGGAAUACUCUGGGAAAGUUACAUUUCGACCCGUUCGAUAACUUUUUGUGUCAGAUCAGCGGAGAGAAACAUUUACUUCUUUAUGAACCCCAUGACAACACCAAGUUGUAUGAGGCUCACAUACAAGAAGCCAAACUAUCUUAUGAUGCAGCAACUCACACAUUCCAUCGCAAGACUUUAUUAGAGAGCACUUCAAUGGUUAUGUCCCCUGUGGACCCUGCUGAUCCUAACUUUGAGAGAUUCCCAAAAUUUGCCGAAGUAGAACCUCUAAGUUGUAAAAUACAAGCAGGAGAUGUUCUGUUUAUGCCAGCGUUUUGGUGGCAUGAAGUCCAGUCAAAGCCAAACACAACAGAACACAGAAACCUGGCUGUUAAUUUCUGGUAUGAACCUUUCUUGACUAAAGAGUUCCCAUGUCAAGAAUGCAAGCUGGAUAUGAACCCUAAGUAUUAUCACUUGUUAUAAAAAAAUCAUUUGCUCAAUCAGGAAGCUUACCAAUUUUUAUGAGAAAUAUCAAAACUUAUUUAUACCAGCUUUUAGUCCUGGUUGAUUUUGUUGUUGUUACUUUAAGCUUAGCGGCUGCUUUAUUCCAGUUAUUUACUUGUUCUGCUUUGUAUUCAAAGUGAUUCCCUGUUAUUUACAUUUUUUAAACAGUUUUAACCUUUUAACUUACAUUUUAUUUAUCUUAAAAAUGUUAUCUGUUUCAUUAUCUUCCUUAAAAUGAUAAUUUUUUAACAAAGAUUUUCUUGUGAUUAUUUACUCAUCGGAAAAAUGUUUUCAUUUUUUAUUUUUCUGAACAGGCUAUAGGUUUUUGUAAUAUGCUUUUGUUUUUAUGUAAAAAUAAGGAUUUCAAUUUAUUUAUAAUCUACUGAAAAAUGUUUUAUUUUUAAUUAUGUAAAUUAAUCAGAAUUAUGCACCAUUUUGUUGUCAAUUUAUUUGCAUUUUUGCCAAUAAAAAU